AUGAACAACAACCGACCUCACAAACAGUCCAUGUCGGAGCUCAAGCUGAGGAGGUUGGCUGAGCACAAUCAGAGGUUGAGAGAGGAUCUGGACAGACCUCGUGUCAGAGUCAGCGAAGCUAGUGCAAGGUGAGUUGUGCGCUCUCAUGUCGAGCAAGCAAGCUACUGAGUAUGGCCGCGUCGUGAGGGGUGGGCACACCGGUGCGAAGUUGGGAGCGAGAGGUGUUGCAGCGCUUGGCUAGGCUACAGCGAGUGAUAUCGUUGGGCCUCGCACCGCAUUGCGAAGCUUCGAGCUCGCGUAUUUGUGCUUCUGAAAUGCGCCGUGUAUGCUCACCGUCGUGCUCCCUCGCCCUUUCAUUCUCCCUGGUCACACACGCAGCUUGAUCCGUUACUGCAAAUCGACUCGCGACUGCCUUGUCCCAUCGGUAUGGGGCACAUUGGACAAGAAGGAGGACCCUUACGCUCCUGGCGGUGGAGGUUGCAACUGCGUCGUGCUCUAA